GGAGGAAGGAUCCUUCGUAGAUUUGAAUCUUCAUCGGUCAAGAUCUGUCAUCGGUGCAGCAGCACAAGGAUCGCUUUUUUUGCAUACUUAUUUCCUGUGGGUCGUGCGUCAUGCUCAAGCUCAACAUUUCUGGGGGGACGAAUCGAAGCACUCAUGAUCAUCUGCAUCCGGGUGGG